AUGCAGAUUGACAUCAAGGGCGGACCCUAUGAUUGGAACCUGUCUUCAAGGUAAACGCAUUUCGUCCUCGGGGACGCGGAACAUAUGUGACUGGCCUGACGGCAAUUAAACAAGAUGCUUGCUUCAUCUUGUGCCUCACACUAAUGAUAAGUUCGGGAACUUAAACAAGUAAACUCCCUUUUGUCUGUUGCUGUUUGUCCACUCGUAAACUUGCGUUCACUCAGAAUGAGAUUAUAGCCAUUUAAGAGGCAAGAAGUUAAAGGGGACAUUUUAAGCCGUCACAGGACGACCAAUAAGCUUGCAGUAAAGGGGGCGGAGGCAAUCUCAGGAGUCCACUACAAACUGAAGCCCCCCAACUGGAGCCUAUGCCUAUCUAUCAAUAUUUCCAGUCGACAAACAUUCGCUCCUCCGUCGGCAAACCUGCAGCAGCAGCAGCAGCAGCAGCAGCAGCAGCAGCAGCAGCAGCAGCAGCAGCAGCAGCAGCAGCAGCAGCAGCAGCAGCAGCAGCAGCAGCAGCAGCAGCAGCAGCAGCAGCAGCAGCAGCAGCAGCGGCAGCGGCAGCAGCAGCAGCGGCAGCAGCAGCAGUAG